GGGGCGUGCCGCCAAGAUGGCGGCGACGGAGGCGGCCGGGCGGUGGCGGCGCGGGCGGCUGGGCCGGGAGGCGCGGGCCAGUCUGGCCGCCUUCCUGCUGGGCGCCUCGGUGGCCGCGCUGCCGCUGGCUCUGGGCUCUCCGCCCGCCCUGCUCGCCGCGCCGGGCCUGCGGGGCCGCCUGGCGCUCGCCCUGCACGUGGCCGUCGUGAACGCGGCGCUGCUGCUGCUCUACCCGCGGCCGCUGUACAAGAUCGCCAUCCGGGCCGGCUUCCUGGGCUUCGCCUUCGGCUGCGGGCUGCUGCUGAGCGCCGGCCGUUCCGCGUGGCGGCACUUCGGCUGGUACAUGUGCUCGCUGUCGCUGUUCCACUACUCCGAGUACCUGGUGACGGCCAUCAACAACCCGCGCAGUCUCUCGCUGGAUUCCUUCCUGCUCAACCACAGCUUCGAGUACAACCUGGCGGCGCUCUCCUCCUGGGUGGAGUUCACGCUGGAGAAGCUCCUGCUGCCAGAGAUGAAGCAGAUCACCUGGCUGAGUACUGUAGGGUUAUUGAUGGUGAUCUUUGGGGAUUGUCUGAGGAAAGCUGCCAUGCUCACAGCUGGCUCCAACUUCAACCAUAUUGUUCAGAAUGAGAAAUCGGACACUCAUACUUUGGUGACAAGUGGGGUGUAUGGGUGGUUCCGGCACCCGUCUUACGUGGGAUGGUUUUACUGGAGUAUUGGAACACAGGUGUUGCUCUGCAAUCCCAUCUGCGUGGUCGGCUACACGUUAGCGUCAUGGCGCUUCUUCAGGGAGAGGAUAGAAGAGGAGGAGAUCACGCUCAUUCACUUUUUUGGAGAGGAAUAUCUGGAGUACAAAAGGAAGGUGCCAUCGGGUCUCCCUUUUAUUAAAGGAGUGAAAGUGGAACUGUAGCACGGGCUGGAACUGGACCGGUUGAGAAAACCUCCAGCUCUGGGUGAGGAACUAUGCAUAGUGCUGGCGCCGAGCAGCCUGCUCCCAUUUCCCAGCUGUCCGCUCGCUGAGGGCUGCAGGGCUGGGCGGCCUUCCAGGUCACUAGGAGAUCAGCAGCUCGUUCAUCCUCCUCGAGAUAAGAGUCCUCCGUUGCACAUUCAGGGAUCUUCUGGAUAACUUAGCCUAUAGCAAUCUUAAAGAGAAACGAUCCUCCUGCCUAAAACAGCUGAAUUGUACUGAAGCUCAUGUGGACUGAUUCCUCUGGAGAAUGAGUUUUGCCCUUCCACCCCUGCGCUGGAAAGAUGCCAGCUGGAUUGUCGUUCUGAUGGCAUACAUUUUUAAAGCUUUUUGACCUCACAAGCCAGACAGCACAGCUUUAAUCUCUGGAGGCCUGGUCCUGCAAGCCCCUGGCUGCUUCUCGGGCAGCUUGCAGGAGCACGCCUCCCUGGUCUUGUCGGACGCACCGGUCUGUGGAACGUCUGCAUGUCAGCUGGCGGCACGGCACGCAUCGGGGCUCCCCUGAUGCUGCUGAUGGAGCUCCCCCAUGCUCCUGGCACUCUCGCAUUGCCAGCACCUCCACGCCGUGCCCGGGGGGAUGAGCGGCUCUCGUUUCUCUCAGUGAGCUCAGGAGCCACCCGGCCGUUCCUUGCUGUGUCUGCUCUGCGCGUGCAGACGGUGCUCGUCCAAGACCUGCUUCCAAAUCACGCUGCUUCCUGCCCUGCCAGGCGUCUCUGCUGGCCAGCUCUGUCCCCAGAGAUCCCGGGGCUUUGGUUUGGAGUCGGGAGGGGGCUUCCAGAGAGCUGUAGUGCUUGGUUUGGGGGAAAACCUGGGAUGCUGGUAUGGAUGGGAGAAGCUUCCAGGGAAAUUCUCUAUAAACAAAAAAAGUUUGGCUAGCUAAUGCUAUUUUAAACAUUGCCAUUUUGGGAAUGGUUCCUAUUCAAGCUUUGUGGUAUAAUUUAUUCAGUUGUGAUAUACCAAAGAGGUUCACUGUUUUCUUGGGUUUUACGUAGUUCUUCCUUGCUGGAAUGGAAAUGAGUCGCUUGUCAGCACGCUUUGGGCUUGCAGUAUUCCUGGCAAGAUACUGUGAUUCAGCUCAGGAAAGAGGGCACUGAUGGGAAUCGCUUUUGUGACUUUUUUUAUAAAAGAGGAAAAAAAAAUAAUGGCCAACUUCUGUCUGGUUGUUAUUGGGGGACCUCGAGGUGACGGUCAGAGCAUCAAACCUUGAGUUCCUCAUUUUGUAACUCCCAAUGGGUUUUCAGUGCUCUGCAGCAUUACACUGAAGUAUGACUACAACUCCCAGUAGCUGAAUCUCGUAGCUGGUGAGAUAGGUGCAAAUCCUUGGGCUCCACUUGCUUAACCUGCGUGGAACCCUUUCUUCUUGGGGUUGUGCUUUGUAUUACAGAGCGCUUUCUGCACUGGGUAUCAGCUUAAAACGUUCACUGACAGAUUCUUUUACUGUGUUUUUAGCUUGGAGGAGAAGAACAAACAUGAAAAUAUAACAACCAGGUAGUGGUGA